GUGGUUACGGGUUGAUUCCGGAAGUGGCCCUGUGCUACAGAAACAGCUUUAGAAACAUGGCUGUGCAAAACUGGAUUGAUGUCCUAAAAUCUUCAAAGAAAACAGCGUUAAUACAUGAUGGGAAAAGGAAGAUCCACUACCUCUUUACAGAUGGAAAAGAAAUGUCAGAAGAGUAUGACUUGAAAACCGAUGAGCUCAUUGUACGAAAGUGGCGUCAUAAAAGCACACUUGGAGCUCAUGGCCAAUGGGAGGUAGAGGUGGGGGAGCCACUUGCAGGCCCUGUCAAUUCUUCGGAUUCGGAGGUGAUCAAGGAGAACUGCUCCAAUCCUGUGUUCAUGCGUAAAGACACAAAGACCAGCUUUCAGUGGAGAAUCCGCAACCUUCCCUACCCCAAAGAUGUCUUCAGUGUUUCUGUAGAGCCAUCUGACAGAUUCAUCAUCAUAAAAACCUCAAACAAAAAGUAUUAUAAGAAGUUCAGUAUUACUGAUUUAGAUCGCAGUCAGCUGCCAUUGGACAACUCCGCCCUCAGCUUCACUCACGCCAACAACACUUUAAUUGUCAGCUACAAGAAACCCAAGGAGACCUUAACCCUUGAACAGGAGCUACUGAAGGAGCUGAAGAAACUGAAGGGGUCCGGCGAAGGGGAUGUUGACUGCAAAACUCAGUGAAUUCGGGCUGUGGGAGCAAGAGGAUACUUCUGCGUUGCAUUUAAAGCAGAACCUCACUGCGUCAUUUUCCAGUCACAUGUGAGCCCUCAUUUAUUUUUCUUUCGUGGAUCCCUUUAUUAAGAAGACCUUUGCACAGUGCCUUGUCAAUGGUGUAAAGCUUCUAAUUGUGUUUACUAAUUGGGGUAAGUUUAUUAGAGUUGUUAGUGUUGAAAUUUGUCCUACCAUUUAUAUUUGAUACAGACAUUCAGUAAACUAGAUUACAUUUUUUUGAAGUCUCACAAUCAGAUACUUUGUAGCUGAACCAUGAGUGUUUUUCCAAAUUAUUUCAUUUACAGAAACAUCAUUUAAAUAUUUGCAUUUAAAAAAAAAAAAUGUCUUUUUGCUUCUUGUUACCAAACCUACUAGGGAGCAAUUUUGAUGGGGGUCACAUAACCUACCACCGUGCUUUCAUUGAUGUCCUUGUAAAACACUCAAAACACACAAUGCCUCAUCCCUGUCCGUUCCGGGGUCACUGUUACGAGCACAUCCCAUUUGUGUUAACUGAAUACCCUCAUGUUCCUUGCAUGUAGUGGGCCACCCUGAAAGCCAUUACUGAAACUCUGGUCACCGAGCAAGCUAGUGUUACUCUUCCCCUUUACAACAGAGGGUCACUAUGACUCUGUGGUCUCCAGCUCAAACUACAUGCACACAAACGGAUUGGAUAUUAUUGUCUAACAAGGACAAAUAUAAAAACGGUAUUUCUGUGCUUUUGGAUUUUUUAAUUCUGUGUAUAUAUGACAUGUACAGAAGAAAAAAAUAAUAGUACAGAUCCAUGCUUUAAAAUGGGAUAUUUGUCUACUUUUUCACAAAGAAACUGUCCUGUCAGAAAUACUUAGACAGUGGAUAACAAAAAUAACAGUGCUGUUUAAAAGAGACAAUGGCAUUUAAAUAUAGCGUGUUUUUCAACCUUGU